GAAGGUGCCACAUUUACCAGGCACGCGAUUUUCCUUAAGAGUCUCUUCAACACCCAGCACCAGAGCUCGAGCCAGAGUGAGACAUGACCGUGGAUGGGGGGGGAAAGGGGUUUAUCCCCCAAAAGGAGAUAGUGUAUAAUGGCCUUUUACCUUAUUGUGACCGCUUGGACCAGGAGGCCACAGAGCUGCUGGCGGAGAUCAAAGCCAACCUGAGCAGGGCAGUUCUCCUCAGGGAGCUGUGGCCCGGAGUCUCUUUCUGGUCCAGGAAGCUCUUCUCUUUUCUCAAGCUCUAUGGCCGGAGGUUCAGCAAAGAAGACCAUGUUCUUUUCAUCAAUCUCCUCUAUGAGUUGGUCACUCUACCGAACCUGGAGCCCCACAUGAUGUGCAGCUACGCCAGGCUGCUCAUUCAGCUUCUCAAGAAGAAGGAGCUGCUGUCAAGAGAUGACCUUCAGCUGCCAUGGAGACCCCUCUACGAGCUUUAUGAGAGAAUCAUCUACUCCAAGACUGAGCACCUGGGUCUCAUAUGGUUCCCAAACUCAGUGGAUCACAUUUUGAAGGCUUUGAUCAAAAGCUGCAGACUGUAUUUCCCAGCAUCUUCAACGAAAGAGAUGCUGGAUGAGUGGCGCCCCCUGCUGUGUGUGUUUGACGUAGUGAUGCAGAAGGCAAUCAGUAACAUGGAGCUGUUCCUACCCACCAUCAUGCCCCCAGAGGAACACAGCCAGGGCUUCCAGUUGUGGUUUGAUGAAUUAAUGAAUCUUUGGAUGUCUGUGCAAAAUCAGCCGAGCUGGGAAGGGCACCUAGUGAACCUGUUUGCUCGGCUUGCCAAUGAUAACAUCGGCUACGUGGACUGGACUCCUUAUAUUCCCACAAUCUUUACCAGAAUCCUGCGAAGUUUAAACCUUCCAGUCGGGGUUAGUCAGAUGGUGGCACCGAGGUAUCUUAUCAACUCCUAUGACAUUGGAUUCUUGGUUUUAUGGAUCACAGCCCUACUGGGCGGACCAGGAAAUCCUGCACAGAAAGAAUUGACCUGCCUCUUUAGCAGCAUUGCCUCCUUCUAUCACCCCUCCAACCACGGUCGCUGGCAGUCUCGGCUGAUGAGGCUACUGCAAAGACUCCCAGCUAGUGUUGUGCGGCGGGUGCAUCGAGAGCGUUAUGCUGCACCCAGCUGGAUCACUGUGGUCCCGGAGUGUCAAAGACUGACGGAUACCGACCUGCAAGAGUUUACCCACAGCCUCAUGGGUGCAGCCCUCUUGGCCAUGUUUAGUAAAACUGGCAGCACAGAUGCAGCCUAUGCUCUCCAGAACUUGGCUCUCCUCACACCAGAACUCGUCAUUCCACCAGUACUUGAAAAGACCUAUGCAGCGAUGGAGACCUUGACGGAGCCAUAUACGCUUACUGCCACCCUCAGCUGUAUGAUCGGGAUGGCACGUAGCCUUGUUUCCCCUGACAACCGCUAUCCAGAGGGCCACAGUCAUGUGCUUCCUCUGCUCAUGGGCUCUCUCCCGGGGGUGGACCCCAACGACUUCAGCAAGUGUAUGAUAACAUUCCAGUUCAUCACCACCUUCACCACCCUGGUGCCUUUAGUGGACUGCUCUUCUACUCCAGCUCGACAAACAGAUCUAACAGAGAUUGAAAAAGAUCUUUGCUUUGCCUCAGCUGGCUUUGAAGACUUCGUGCUGCAGUUCCUGGACAGAUGUUUUGCUUUGAUAGACAGCAGCACUCUUGAGCAGACGAGAGAUGAGACAGAGACGGAUACCCAGACUCAUCUGGAGAGCCUGGUGGAGCUGGGACUGUCCUCCACCGUUAGUACGAUCCUAACACAGUGCUCCAUAGAAAUCUAUAAGGUUGCUUUGCAGAAGCUGUAUAACUUUGCCACCUCCAACAUCUUUGAGACGUGUGUGUCUGGCAGGAUGGUGGCUGACAUGUGCCGGGCUGCAGCAAAGUGUCACCCUGCUGAGUCUCUCCGUCUGUUUGUCCCUCACUGCUGCACCAUCAUUUCCCUCAUUACUGACAAUGUGGAGUUGCGGAACGAAGAUGAGCUGGACAAGGAGCUUCUGUGGAAACUCCAGCUGCUCUCUGAGGUAAUCCGUGUGGAUGGUGAACAGCUGCUUAAAUACCAGGGGGAGCUGGAGCGCAUCCUGCAUGUGUGUUUGAGGCUUCGCUGUAAGCAGGCCUACACACUUGCUUGCAGCCUGUUGGAGCACACACUCCGGUCACUGUCUCUCAUCUAUCCCACCGAGUACCGCAGUACCUCUAGGGGCUUUAAUACCGACCUCCCCAUUCGGGAUUGGGGCCGAGCUGGAGAUGUGGCAGCUUUGGGUGUGUGUUGGCAUGUUCCGUGCCAGGAGGAGAAAAACUUUGUUUGCCAGCUGUUGUCGUCGCUCUUGCUUCCCCAGCUGCAUCGAAUCAAAGGCCACGUGUCUGGAGAUCAGCCAAUGACCAGGGAGGAGUUGUGGCAGAGCCUCGCCAUCGUGCAGCACUGCCUUCUCGGGGCUGGGAGCAUGCUGCCCCCAUUGGAUGGAGUGCACGUCCCUGACCUGGUGCCCUCCAUGGUGAACCUGGGGGAGAUCAAGCUGCACGUAGGAGUAGAGUACGAUGAUUCAUGGGAAAACUACAGAGUGUCCAUCUGCCAGACCAUGAGAUUGCUGCUUCAUCACAUCCUGGAGUACUCAGAGGAUGAUACAAAAUCCCUCUUUGUCAUCAUUAAGAUAAUCAGUGACCUUAUGUUUUUCUGUGGCACACACAAGAAAGACUUUGACUCACGCUGGAAAAGCUUCACACUUGUCAAGAAGUCAAUGGAAAACAGGCUUCUUGGGAAAAAGCAGCACAUCAGAGCACUACUUAUCGACCGGGUUUUACUCCAGCAUGAGAUGAGAAAACUGGUGGUUGAGGGUAGUGAAUACAAAGUGGUUCAUCAGGAGCUGCUCUGUGAUCUGCUGCUGCUUUCUACCAGCACGUACAGCCAGGUACGUAGCAGGGCGCAGUGUGUGCUGAUGGCAGCGAUUGGAACCUAUAGCUUCUCCUAUAGAGACAUGAUUCCCCGUAUGUUACAACUGCUGUCUCCACAGAAUACCGCAGGCACAGAGCAGCAGUUCAAGGGUGCUCUGUACUGUCUCUUGGGAUCUCCAGCUGGUUUCUGUCCAUCCACCACUCGGGACUGGGACUGUAUUGGAGAGGUGUGGCCCACUCUGGUUCGAUGCGGAUUAUCACACUCAGAGACCCUGGAGAAGCCAUCCAUCGGUCGAUUGUUUGACGACAUUAUUGACAGAAUUAACCGCCUACAAGACACCAUCGGGAUCUACUUUACUGUGUCAGAGAAAUGUAUUGAGAUAGCCGAUCAAAUUGCUCAUUCUAAAAAUCCUGCACCUUGUUUGGAAAUCCCAUCCAAAGAGGAAAUAAAAGAGGGAAUUCAGCGUCAGCGAAUCAGAAAUGUUGUGGCUGCAAGGAAGUAUGAGAAGCUAGUCAAUGACCUUUUGGACUGCCUUGAAGACAGAGACUUGCCCUGGAAGUUUGAGCACAUGGCCACAGAUCUGUUGGCUCUCCUCCUGCGAGAUGAUCAUCCUCUUCCUCCUGACGCUGUCCUCUACUUCACACAGACUCUCGUUCAUGACUCCAUUAGCAUACGAAAGGUUGCAAUCUCCGCAAUGGCUGGUAUUCUGAAACAGUUGAAGAGGCCAAGAAAGAAAGUGGCCAUUAAGCCUUCGGAUAUAAGUGGGAUCCAGGAUCCAGAGGGGAUUUGUGUCGGGGAUCGAGAGGGGAACCGCUGGCUGCAGUAUGACAGCAACAACCUACCUCUGAGCCAGGAGCAGUGGGACUGUCUGCAGUACGUUGAGAAAACACACUUGGGCUACUACUCAUGGCCUAGAGAAAUGAUGAUCUAUGCAUCUUCUGAAAAGCCACAAGAUGACCUGCCAUACGAGGAGAUGAGUGAGGGUGAGAAGAUCAUCUUUGAGUACUUCUCGGAAGCUGACUUUAUUGACCAGUUGAUAGAGUUUCUGUCUCUGGAGGAGCGGAAAGGGAAGGACAGCUUCAACCCGCGCCGUUUCUGCCUGUUCAAGGGGCUGUUUCGUAACUAUGGCGACAUAUUCUUACCAGUGCUAUGGCCUCAUCUGGAGCAGCUCACAACUGACCCCCAUGAGAGUUCGCAGCGCUGCCUGUGUGAGAUUACCGCCGGACUAAUCAGAGGCAGCAAACAUUGGAGCUUCAGCAAGGUGGACAGGUUAUGGCAGCUUCUUUGCCCUUUGAUUAGGACAGCGCUGAACAACAUCACUGUGGAAACCUACACAGACUGGGGCACAUGCAUCGCCACAGCUUGUGAGGGCAGAGACCCCAGGAAACUCCACUGGCUGUUUGAGCUGCUGAUGGAGAGCCCCUUGAGCGGAGAGGGUGGCUCCUUCAGGGAUGCCAGUUUGCUAUAUGUGCUUCAGGGAGGUCUCGCCCAGCAGCAAUGGAGAGUUUCUGAACUGCUGCACCGGUUGCUGGCUUACCUGGAGCCCAAACUCACCCAGGUGUAUAAAAAUGUCAGGGAGCGAAUAGGAAGUGUGCUGACCUAUAUCUUCAUGAUAGACGUGGCCUUGCCCCACACCAGGCCCACCUCUUCCCCCCAUGUGGCAGAAUUCGUCACCCGGGUCCUGGAGCGGCUCAAGCCCCUCACGUCAGAGCCUGAGAUUCACAACCACAUCCACGAGGAGAACACCCAGGAGAUGGACGAACGAACCCAGGCUGUCAAGCUACUGAAAACGGUGUUGAAGUGGUUGAUGGCGAGUGCAGGGCGAACAUUUACCACCCCUGUUCAGCAGCAGCUACAGCUCCUGCCUCUGCUCUUCAAGAUUGCCCCAGUGGAGAUUGAUGAGAGCUAUGAUGAGAUGAAGCAGGAUGCACGAACAUGUCUCUCUCUCAUGUCCCAGGGCUUACUGUAUCCGGAGCACAUCCCUCUGGUUUUGGCAGCACUGGAGGAGAUGGCGGGCAGCAGAUCGUGGCAUACUCGCUUCUCAGUUCUGACCUACCUUCAGAUCACGGUCUUCUACAAUCUGUUCACUCUGCUUAGUUUGCCUGUCGAGGUUCUGCGUAUUAGAAAGCUUGUGAUGCAGCUGCUCCUGGACGAACAGCUUGAGGUGAGGGACAUGGCCUGCACCACCCUUAGUGGUUUACUGCAGUGCCAAUUCUUCCCCCUGGACUCCAGUCUGCAGACCCAGCUUCAGACGCUGAGUAAGACGUCCCUCCCCAAGGCCAGAGGAGAGCUGGCUUCCACAGACUUGGUGAGGCGCCACGCUGGAGUGCUUGGACUCAGUGCGUGCAUCCUGUCAAGCCCCUAUGACGUUCCACAAUGGAUGCCGCAGAUCCUGAUGGACCUAAGCGAUCAUCUCAAUGACCCGCAGCCUAUAGAAAUGACUGUGAAGAAGACCCUUUCAGAGUUCAGGCGCACUCACCACGACAACUGGCAGGAGCAUCGGCAGUGCUUCACAGACGACCAGCUUCUGGUGCUCACCAACCUGUUGGUGUCGCCCUGUUAUUACGCCUAGACAUUCAUCUGCCUUCCUUACUGACUGUCAGCUACCACAAAUAAUGCCACCUUUGAGCACUGCUGGGAGCUUCCGGCUGUGCAGUCAGUGAUGAUAAAGACUCAUCGUUAAAGGGGCAGGUCUGUCUGGACCCUCAUAUGCUGCUGCUGGCUCUUAGCCGGAAAGCAGCUGGGUACAGAAUGAUUUUCCGUUACCAUGUUGCUCAGUGGGGGUUGUUUUGCUUGCUGAGCGCCACAGCAGCCCCUAAGGAGGCCACAGUAAAGAUAAAGAUGUGUAUUCAGUCUCUCGCUGGUCUGAUCUACACCAAGUCUCCAGAACGUACUCGUCUUUAUUCCACCAUGUCACUUUACUGUCAGUCAUCUUGUAAAAGGUCUCUGAAUUUUACAGUAAUGAGAAAAAACCGGUACACCACAUGAAGUGAAGCCUUAACUUUAAAUUAUUUAUUUAACAGCACUUAAAAAAGAAAAUAAACUGGAUAAAAAAAAAUAUAUAAGUUAACAGAAAAAAAUUCACUAAGGCUUUUCAUGAGAUCAUGCCUCGGAUGCAUUUACCAUUUUGUUUUGGAUCAUUGUCAUGUCAAUGAAAAUCCACUCUGCUGUGGCUUUAAUUACCUUACAGAUGGUCUCACAUUUUCCUCAGCAUCUGCCGAUACGAGGCAGUUUUAAUGAUAGAUCAAAUGAUGGUAAAUCUGGCCAAGUUCAGAUGCAGCAAAGCAGGCUCUGUAAAAGCAUUUUGUUAAGCUAAAAAAAUCUCUCUGCAAUAAUCUACUGUAAAAUUAAUCAAUCUCUUGUCUCAUCUGUCCUCUCUUGGGGAAAAAAAACUUCAUAUUUUUUUCUUAAACUAAACAUGGUGUCCUCUCAAUUUAACUUGAGCACCUUAAUCACUGUUUAAGGGUCAAACAGGACAGAGCUCCUUCACAUUGCUGGUUAAUAAGGUUUUCCUCAUGUGCCGCUCAU